ACAGAGAAAGAAAAACUGUUUUUCUGAGUGUGCACGGCUAAGUGAGUGAAAAUUGCAUCACAACCGAGAGAAGAAAUUUAAUCGUCACCUUUAAAAGUCGCCUAGCAACAAAUACAACAACAACAACACCAACAACACCAAACAGCAGCAGCAGCAAAAAUGAGUCAAAAUUUUAUAAAUUUCUCCGAGAUCAGAGAUUUACGAACGGCAUUUGACCUGUUGGACCGAGAUCAGGACGGCCACGUGACACCAGAGGAACUGCAAUUCAUGCUGCGGAACCUAGGCAUUCACGUGCGCGACGAGCUCAUCGAUGACCUGCUGCGUGAAGCCAGCCGAACAGGCAGCGGACUGAUAGACGAAACCGAGUUCCUGCAGUGGGUGGCCCGCAUUCAAGCGCUGAAAGAAGACAGUAGCACAAGCAGCAGCAGUAGUAGCACCAGCGCCACCCAAGCGGCGGACGAUGACCUCACGCAGGACUUGGUGGCGGCUUUCAGGGUUUUCGACCGAGACGGCAAUGGUUACAUUACGCGGGACGAGCUCAAGUCAGCCAUGGACAUGAUUGGCGAGAACGUGACGGAGUACCAGCUCAACGAAAUGCUGGAACUGGCCGAUGCGGACAAGGACGGCCGGAUCAACUACGAAGACUUCCAGAACUUUUUCCUUAACAAUAUCGACACGUUUGUGCAAAAUGGACGCAAAUAAGCGAUGCGGGAUUUAGCGAGCGCACGGUGACACAGGACGCACCGAACGCACGUACAUAUUAUUAUUGAUCGUCCCUGCUUGGAAUACACACAAAAAAUAAACAAACAAAAAACGAAAGCGAUUUUAUUCGCCUACUAUCCCUACAGAUAAACAAUAUUAUGAUAUUCUAGCGAGAGUGAUACCUAGUUGCUACAACAAUGGCGAUUAUUACUAAAACUUUGUGAUUGUUACUGUUGUAUUAUGAUAAUCAACCUACAGAUAAUAUACAUAGUGAUAUAUGUGAUUCAGUGAUGAGGCAAUAAAUAAUGUUCAAAAGGAGUGCUGUGGUGAAACUAUAGACUUUACUUGUGUCAAGGAACUUCCGUUGAUCGUCGAAACAAAAACAAAACAACAACAAACAGGUUCGAUUGUGCGAAGAAAAAUCGUGUGCUGAAUAA